AUGAUCUGCUCUGCACCACAUUCUGCUGUCGGAUUCCCCACCGAAACAGGCAUUGCGCUGAUAUAUGCCAGUAAGGAAGUUUUAGCAACAGACGAAAUCAGACCAGCCAAAGCAAGCAAGCCAGCACCGCGCAUAGAGGCAGAAAAAUGGGUAUUGAACAGCGCAUACCCAGAACAAACGGUCACUCUGGGGCCCGCCAUGUCCGACCUGACGCGCGCGGCGCUCAAGAAAUUACUGCACGACAGCAUGGACGUGUUCGCCUGGACACCGGCUGAUAUGGUUGGCGUUCCACGGCACAUAGCAGAACACCGUCUAAAUGUCUCAGAAGACGCAAAGCCGGUGGUGCACGCCAAACGCCACCUAGGCGACAUCAAACACGAUGCCAUGAAAGAACAAGUGCUAGAGUUGCUAAACGCAGGAAUCAUCAGGGAAGUCCGGUACCAAACAUGGGUAGCAAGCCCAGUAAUGGUAAAGAAGCCGAAUGGUAGUUGGAGAAUGUGUGUUGACUACAAAGAUCUGAACAAAGCAUGUCCCCGUGACUGCUACGCUUUACCAGACAUAGACGAGAAAAUAGAUUCUUUGGCAACAUUUCGGUGGAAAUGUUUUCUGGAUUGCUACAAGGGGUACCACCAGGUCCAAAUGGCCGUUCAGGACGAGGAUAAAACCGCAUUCCGCACACUAACGGGGCUGUACUGUUACACCAAAAUGCCGUUCGGUUUAAAGAAUGCAGGCGCAACAUACCAAAGACUGAUGAACGAAACAUUUAGUGACGCCAUUGGUAAGUACAUAGAAGUGUACAUGGACGAUCUGGUAAUCAUGAGCAAGGAAGAGAGCGCGAUGCUGGCAAAUAUCCAAAAGACCUUCAACACGCUGCGCAGCGUAAGUAUCAAACUGAACCCAGCAAAGUGCUCAUUCGGAAUGGAAGAAGGGAAGUUCUUGGGCUUUAUAGUCACAAAAGACGGCUUCAAGGUGAAUCCAGAGAAGGUCCAAGCCAUAGAAAGAAUGCCUUCGCCGUCAAACAUCAAAGACAUGCAGAAGCUAGCAGGACGAUUAGCAGCACUCAAUCGUUUUCUAGCUAACCAUGCCGCAAAAUCCUUCCCAUUCAUCAAGACCUUGCGCAACUGCAUGAAGAAAAGCCAGUUCCAAUGGACUCCAGAAGCAGAAAGCGCAUUCCGCGAGAUGAAAGACUGUCUCAUCAAGCUACCAACUUUAACCACACCAAACAAAGGAGAGCCUUUGGUACUUUACCUCUCAGCUUCCGAUAGGGCAGUCGGGGCCGUACUGCUCGUUGAUCGUCAAGGUGUCCAAACACCUGUAUAUUACGUAUCUCGAACCUUGACCGACCCAGAAACCAGAUACGCAAUCAUGGAGAAGCUUGUCCUUGCACUGAUCCACGCGUCAAGAAGGCUGCGCAGAUAUUUCGCUAAUCACGUCAUCCACGUGCUAACAAACUACAAUAUCGGAAAUAUCCUAGCAAGGCCAGAAAUAUCGGGAAGGUUGGCCAAAUGGGCAAUAGAGCUAGGGGGACACAAUGUGGUUUUCAGACCACGUCCAUCGAUCAAGGGCCAAGUCUUGGCAGAUUUUAUGACAGAAGUCCCAGACGACAAAGACAGAGAAUGUAAGGCGAUGGAGAAAGCUGAGAAAAAACAAACAGAAGAGCCAUGGCUACUGUACACAGAUGGCGCAUCUAACGAAGAUGGGGCAGGCGCAGGGCUAAGGCUAGUAAGCCCUGACAAACACGAGUUCACAUACGCCAUACGCCUAGACUUCAAGAGCACAAACAAUGAAGCGGAGUACGAAGCCUUUCUGGCCGGCUUGCGUUUGGCAAUCAAAAUGGGGGUCCGACACAUCGAAGCACAUGUAGACUCCAUGUUAGUAGCAGGCCAAAUCAACGGCCAGUAUGAAGCCAAGGGCGACAUAAUGGCACUCUAUCUCAACCAAGCGAAGACGUUGCUACAAACUUUCUAUUCCUACAAGGUGCAUCACAUAAACCGCAGCGAAAACAAGCCGGCAGAUGCUUUAAGCAAGCUUGCGUCGACAAGUUUCCAGCACCUAGCAAAAGAUGUGCGCAUAGAAGUUUUGAGCAACCCAUCUGUUCCACUCAGAGAAGUAAGCGUCAUCCAAACAGGAACCACGUCCUGGAUGACACCCAUAAUCAUGUACUUACAGUCCGGGAUACUUCCAGAAAACAAAGCUGAGGCGCAAAAGAUCCAAUACAAAUCAGAACAUUAUCAGAUGGCAGACGGGAUACUGUAUCGGAAGUCAUAUCUCGGCCCGCUGCUAAGAUGUGUUGACGCCGACGACGCGAAUUAUCUAAUCCGGGAAGUGCAUCAAGGCAUUUGUGGUAUCCAUGCCGGGCCGCGAAUGGUAGUGGCAAAAGUAAUGAAUGCCGGAUACUACUGGCCCGGGAUGCAUCUUGACGCCGUGAAAGAAUUGAGAAAAUGCAGUGGCUGCCAGAGGCACGCGCCAAAGACCAUGCGCCCCAAGAACGAACUGGUGCCAGUAACGACCGCAUGGCCUUUUCAACAAUGGGGCAUAGACAUGGUAGGCCCUUUCCCAGAGGCUCCAGGAGCAGUCAAGUUUAUAAUAGUCGCGGUUGAUUACUUCACCAAGUGGGUAGAAGCAAAGGCCCUCGCAUCAACCACAUCGGCAGUCGUUAAACGAUUCAUAUGGGAGCAAAUCAUAUGCCGGUUCGGCUUACCCCUCAGAAUCAUCACCGACAACGGAACAAACUUUGCAGCAGAUGAUCUCGAACGAUGGUUCAAAGAACUGAACAUCGAACAUACCUUCUCUUCGGUUGCUCACCCGCAAGGGAACGGUCAAGUCGAAGCAGUCAACAAGAGCAUCGUCGAUGGCAUAAAGGCAAGGCUCGGUGAAAAACGACGAGGAUGGGUCGAUGAACUACCCAGCAUACUAUGGGCCCAUAGAACAAUGCCAAAAACAAGCAAUGGCGAAACGCCUUUCAGCUUGAAAAACCGGGGAAACUGGCUCCCAAAUGGGAAGGCUCAUACAUCAUUGACGAAGUACUCGGCAAGGGAGCAUACAAAUUGCGCACCAUGA